AUGCGUCUCGCCCUCCGCCGCGUCGCGCGUCCGGCCGCCGCGAUCGAUCGCGUCUGCGGUCGUCGUCGCGCGCGCGUCCACGACGGCGGUCGCGUCGCCGUGGGCGCGUCACCGCGGUCGCCGCCGCCGAUUCCAGAACUCGGUCGAGGAUACGACGCGCACGACGGUUCACAUCGCGCGCGCGACGCCUCGACGAGCGCGGACGCGUCCGAGGACGAUGCGUUUCCGCUGAGCGCCGACGGACGGGCGCAGCUGAAGGGCAUGCGACGGAGCGAGCUCGCGAGAUGGCUCGAGGCGACGGGCGAGCGCGCGACGCGGGCGGACGGGUUGUUCGCGACGAUGUAUCGGGAUUUAUCGAUGAACGCGUUCGAGGGCGAUGGACGGUUCGGAGAGAAAUUUGCGUCGAGAUUGGAGCGCGUGGCGACGAUGGAUGGAGAUUUGCGAUUGGGUGAGGUGCGACGGGCGAGCGACGGGACGCGAAAGGUUACGUACGCGCUGGCGGACGACUCGGGAGGAAUCGUGGAGAGCGUGUUGAUCCCGAGCGGACGACGGACGACGGUGUGCGUGAGUAGUCAGUUAGGAUGCGCGAUGAACUGUCAAUUUUGUUUCACGGCGACGAUGGGUUUGCGGAAGAAUUUGAGCGCGGCGCAAAUCGUCGAGCAAGUCGUGCGAGCCAGACGGAUGUGCGACGAGGGCGAGGAGGUGUCGAACGUCGUGUUCAUGGGCAUGGGUGAGCCCUUGCACAACAUAGAUGAAGUGCUCAAGGCGGUGGAUAUUCUCCUAGACCCUCGAGGCUUGGCGUUCUCGCGUAACAAGGUCACCGUGAGCACCAGCGGUUUGGUGCCGCAGAUGGAACGCUUCUUGACCGAGAGCGAGGCCUCGCUCGCGGUUUCGCUCAACGCGACGACGGAUUACAUCCGAAACUGGAUCAUGCCGAUCAACCGCAAGUACAACCUCGACUCCUUGCUCGGAUUGCUGCGAAGAGAGUUCCCGCGAACGGAUCUCGGCAGACACCAACGACAGGUGUUCUUCGAGUACAUCAUGCUCGCCGGCGUGAACGACAGCGACGAGGACGCCGAUCGCUUGAUCGAGAUCGCGAAAUCGCUCCCGUGCAAAAUCAACCUCAUUUAUUUCAACACGCACGAUGGUGCGGAGUUCAAGUGCAGCGAUCAAGAGCGCAUCGCGGCGUUUCGCCAACGCGUCUCUGACGCCGGCGUGACGUGCACGAUUCGCGUAUCGCGCGGCGACGAAGAAAUGAGCGCAUGCGGACAGCUCGGUUCACCCGGAGACGUUUCAAACUGGAAACCACCGCCACCGCGCAUGCGCGAUCCGCGCACGCGCGCCGCUCGCGCGUGA